AUGGCUCAAACCUCUAACUCUAACCAUCAAAACGUUAAGGAGGCUAAUUCCAUCACAACUAGAAGUGGUAAAGCUUUGGAAGAUCCACCAAUACCAAAUACUACUUCAAAAUUUCCAAAUUUUAUCUCUGAAAGUGUGCCAUCCAAUGCUUCUGCAAAAAUAAAUAUUCCUUUGCUUCACAUCAUCAAACAAGUGCCAGCCUAUGCUAAAAUCAUCAAGGAUCUUUGCACUGUAAAAAGGAAGCAUCAUGUCAAGAAGACUGCUUUCUUGACUGAGCAAGUUAGUGCGGUAAUUGAACAAAAGACACCGCCAAAAUACAAAGAUCCUGGUUGUCCCACCAUUUCCUGUCAAAUUGGGACUCAUGAAUUCAGCCAAGCCUUGCUAGACUUAGGAGCGAGUGUCAAUCUCAUGCCUUAUUCUGUCUACUCGCGACUUGGUCUUGGUGAAAUCAAGCCUACUUCUGUAGUCUUACAGCUGGCUGAUCGUUCUAUUAAGAAGCCUUGGGGUAUUGUUGAGGAUGUUCUUGUUCAAGUUGACAAAUUCUAUUACCCCGUUGACUUUCUCAUUCUGGAUACUCAAUUUUUGGUUAACAUGGAGUCAAAAAUCCCUAUCAUACUUGGAAGACCUUUCCUUGCUACAACUAAUGCUCUUAUUAACUGUAGGAAUGGUCUCAUGAAAAUAUCUUUUGGGAAUAUGACUCUCGAGGUCAAUAUUUUUCAUGUUGCAAAGCAACCACAUGAUGAUGAUGAGUGUUAUCAGACAUUUUUUAUUGACACGCUCAUUCCUGAGGAGAUUCAAUUGCAAAGCAAUUCUGAUGAACUCCUCUCUUUUUCUGAAAGUUCUGGUUUUCAUGAGUCAAUUAAUGAAAUUUCUUGUUACAAAGACUCACAAAACAGAAGAACAAAGUUUUGGCAACCUCGCUUUGAAGAGCUACCUAGUGAAAGGGAAAAGCCAAAACCUUCUGCUGAAAAGGUUCCUAUUGUUAAGUUAGCCCAACUACCUGAGGGUUUAAAACAUGUCUUCUUGGGAGAUGGUGAUACCUUUCCUGUUAUCAUUUCGUCCAAACUUGAUCCUUCACAAGAAGGUGAACUUCCUUCUGAGUGGAGUUCACAAGACAGACGCAAGUUUCUAGUCGAGGUGCGCAAUUUCUAUUGGGAUGAUCCAUACUUGUUCAAGUAUUGCCCCGACCAGAUCAUGCGGAGAUGCAUCCCUGAUGAUGAGAUUGGUCUUCUUGACGCACUCUGGGCAUACCGUACUACUUUCAAAUCCCCUCUUGGGAUGUCUCCCUAUCGGCUUGUUUAUGGGAAAGCCUAUCAUUUGCCUGUUGAACUUGAGCAUAAGGCAUAUUGGGAUGUCAAAGCCUUUAAUUCUGAUCUAUGUGCUGUAGGUAUUAAUCGUAAACUCCAGCUGUCUGAAAUUGAGGAGUUGAGAAAUGAGGCAUAUGAUAAUUCCAGGAUCUACAAGGCAAAAAUGAAAGCUGCUCAUGAUAAACAGAUCCUGCGAAAGAAUUUUGAGGUGAAUCAAAAGGUGCAUCUUUAUGAUUCUCGGUUGCAUUUCCACCCAGGUAAGUUGAGAUCGCAGUGGACUGGCCCAUUUGUGGUGAAACAAGUUUUUCCCAACGAUUCUAUUGAAGUUGAGGACCAAACUGAUGGGAGAAUUUUCAGAGUCAAUGGCCAGAGAUUGAAGCAUUACAUCGAGAGUAUGAGUCAUGUUGAAGAGGUCCUUCUUGAGGACCCUGUUUAUACACUCUGAGUUGUUUAUUUCCUUUACAUGUUUUAUUUUAUUUUAUUUUUCUGCUUUUCUUUUAGUUUUGUGUGUUUUCGUUUUUUGUUUGUUUUUGGUUUGUUUUGUUGCUAUCAGGUUGUUUCAAUUAUCGCCCCAUGGAUAUUGUCAUCUUCCAGGUGUUCUCUUUCCCUAUCUUUUUCAUUGCAUAUUUGUUUUGAGAUUGAGGACACUGUCUGAUUUUCGGUUGGGGGUGGUGAGCUCUGGUGAGCAUUCAUUUGGAGAAUUACAUUGUUGUGUUGAAUUCUUAAGUCAAAUUUUCUCAAAAUUUUCUAAGCAUGAUUGAAAAAUAUGUGGUUUGAGUUGGUUUUUGCUAUGUUUAGCUAUUAAGGAGUGAUUUCCAGAGUUCUUUAAUGCACUUUCCAAACAUGUGGUAAGAUGUUUGUUAACACAAAUAGUUGAGAAAAUUUUCAAGUUUAAAGUUUCCAUUUUUUUGGUGAGUUGUGAGAGUUGAGAAAAUGACUUUUUGAACUUUUAUUGAUCAUUUGAGUUGGUCAAAUUAGAUUUCUGGAAUUUAAAA